AUGUCCUCUUCUGAGCAGCCUCAGCUGCGACAGUCUGUAAUUCCCAAACUCCUAGUUUUCGGGGGCAUCCAGUUCGCUCCUCUCAGUACAAGAGAUGGGAGCUUGCUGGAUGCUGGAGAGCUGCGCCCCAACAGCAUUUAUCUGAAUGCUGCUGAUCUAAACACCCCCAACCACUGGGUGGCAGCAGAGAGCGAGUGGCUCACGGUGACAGAGAACAUCAUCUCCAAGCAGACAUUCAUAGAGGCGAGAACCAUGCCUCACAGUAUGAAUGCUUCGGGGUCAAAGUUCAUGACCUCAGGGACCCAAAGGCCAUCAGCCCACUUGACCCUCCGAGACACCAGCGCUCAAGGGUUUCCUCAGUACCCCAUCCCCUCACCAGGUCUCCACCAAUCCUGUCGCCACGUGGUUCGCACGUGGGCUAAUCAGAGCUUUGGAGCUCACCUGCACAACAUGACCUUGUCCAAUGGGAAACUGCGAGUGCCUCAGGAUGGGCGGUACUAUCUGUACUCACAGGUGUAUUUCCGUUACCCAUCUCCUGCAACCAGUGACGGAGACCAACGCAGUGUCAGCCACCAGCUGGUCCAGUGUGUCUACAAGAAAACCUCCUAUCCAAGCCCCAUACAGCUCCUGAAGGGCGUGGGCACCAAGUGCUGGGCUCCAGAUGCCGAGUAUGCCCUGCACUCGGUCUACCAGGGGGGGCUCUUCGAGCUGAGGGCUGGUGACGAGCUCUUUGUGUCCGUCUCCUCUCCCACCAUGGUCAAUGCCGAUGACUCUUCAAGUUACUUUGGUGCUUUCCGCCUGGACCUAUAAGAUGAAGGGAUGGAUGGAUGGAUGCAUGGAUGAAUGAAUGCGUGGAUGGAUGGAUGAAACAGUCCGGACAAAAUGAGGAAAGGGUGAGAGGAUCCAUUGAAAGGAGCGAGGAGAUGUUGGCCUGGAUCUCGGAUGUCUGAUGUUGGCUUGGGUGGAUGGAUGGAUGAAGGAGUAGAGGGUAUAGAUAUACUGCUCAAAUGAGAGGACAUGAUGGGAGCAGGAGGAAGCAGAGAAGGGGAAGUAUCUUUGCUUCUUCUCUCCCUUAACUAAGUCCACACUAUGAGAGCAAUAUGUGCAGAGAUACAUGUACAACCACACAGAAACAAAAGCAUGUGUAGCCGUCUUUCAGAAUCCUGGCAAAACCUGACUCUUCGGCGGCAGGAGUGCGGUCAUGAGGGAGCAUUCACCGCAACACCUUGUGGUUGAAGGCAAACCACAUUCUCCCAUCUCACCGUCAGACCUGUAUGGCCUGCACACAUAUAUCUGUUUAUCUAACAUGUGAACGGUAACACCUGAUAUGUGGGUAUUGCGGAAAGCAGGCGGACCCUAGCAGCUGGAUUCCAGACAGAGGAAUGUAAAAAAAAAAAGAAGAAGAAAAAAGAGACAAAAGAAAGAAACUGAUGCCUUUACAUUGAAGAUGUUAAGAGAGGGCAGUGGAAUGGUAGCAAAAGAAGCCUAAAUGAUAAAACCAAAGCAAAAAACAACAAAAAAAAAAAAAAAGUGGAAUAUGCCUUUUUCUAAUGUGCCAUGAGAAUUCUGUGCAAAUGGACAGCGAGAUUUAUAUGGGGGAAUGAAAUUCUGACAGUGAACUGUGGUGAUCAAACUAAGUGAUUAUCUUGUACAUUAUCUUGACUGGACUACGUGCCACUCGGAGGAUAUCGAUGAAGACUACGUACAUAAAAUAACUAUGUGGAUUUGAUGCAAAAAAAAAAAACCUUUUGUAAAGCACGGAUUACCUUUCUAGACUGGAUACCGCAACUGGACUUUGGCAAUAAACAGAAAGGAGGAAAAAAAGGACAUACAUCAUGGACAAAGUGGCAAAUGGAGGAAGAGGAAAAAGAGAAGGGGAGGAAGAGUAAAUGUAAGAUGAAAAUGAGCAGAGGGAGAUAAAAGAGAGAGAGACUCGAGAGGUAUGCUGCCUCACUGGUCUCUUGAGUUGGUCGCUCUCUCUCUCUAUCUCCCUCGCUCAGUCUUUCCCUUUCUGUAAGGAAUUUUAUCUGUUUGUCUUGUCUCUCGUGUCUGACCUGUGAAACUGCAUUCUAUUUUCUUUCUGCUCAAACAGUCUACAGGAAAUUAGCUGACGUGGAAUACACACACACACACAACAUACACUCACACAUAACAUAUACACACACACACACACAACAUACACACUCAUACACAUAACACAC